AUGCAGUCUGUUUCGUUCAACUUAGAAUACACUUGCUUGUUAUACCCUCAAGGUGUUUCUUCAAUCUUUUGUCAAUCCUCCAAGAGUAAGCUGGCUUCCUUGUGGAGAGGAACGGGUGGUCAUGAUUCCAUAAUUUUGAUUGACAACUUACACCCAAUUGAACAGGUAGUCAACAGACUCAAUGAACAACUGCUCGGUGGGACAGUCACAAUUUUGAAGGACAAUAACUACAGUGUUAACGGAGGACUUAUCACUAUACAGAUCAUCGGCACCCUGAAAGAAUACAUAAAAUUUGCCAAAAAUAAGAUAAUGAAAUGCUACAAUCAUCAGGUGUAUAAAUGCAUUGAAUUGAAUGCAGCACACAUUCAAAAGCUAAUUGACAAUGAGUUGCAAGUCAGCUCACAAUUCUUCAAGAUGGUGGAUGAGUUAAGCAUGAAAUAUGAAGUAGAGUAUAUCAUGCAAAACGAUGGAAUGCUUACGAUUUAUGGAAAUCAAGAUACGAUAACCGUAAUGGAAUCUCAAAUAAGAAUUCUUAUCAAUACGUUAUUGGAAGAUCUGUAUGUGGAUUCCGUAGACAUUGAAUUGUCUACUUUACCAUUGAUUGGAGGAGUAGACUUGUUCAAUUUCAAUCAAAUUGCUAGUCAACUGAAUUGUAACAUUUACGUUCCCGAUUUAUUACCAGAAUUGUUUAACUCUAACGUAUUAUCGUCAACCAGCAGCUUACCAAUCUAUAUCACCACGAAAAGUAUUCCAAGUAUGCUAUUGACAAAGAAGUUAGUUGAAGAUAUUCAAAAUAGUGUUUUACAGACGGGACAAAACGAGACCAAACCAUUUGUUAUCAAGGAAAUACCGGUUUCUAAAGAAAAAUUGGAGUUGAUUACGUUGUCAAACCAGCAUGACUUACUUCGAAUUAUGUUUAAGAAUGAAGUGUUUAUUCAAGUUCCUUCAUUAGGUGAAUUGGAUGACAUUGACGAGAAUAACACGGGAUCAAUGAUUAAAGUGCAGGGCUCCAACAUUGACUCCGUAAACGAUGCUAUCAAUGACCUCAGUUUAUUAUGUGGUCUUUAUAUGAAGGUUAGUAUUGACACCAAUAGCUUUGAUCAUUCGCACUUGUUCCAAAUAUGUCGCACCACUACAAUGAAAACAUGUUACAUAAAUUCUAAUGAUAAUUUAGUUGAGAUUAUUGGUAUGGAGAAGGAUGUGAUCAAUGCUAUUCAAGGAUUAAUUGGAACUUUACCAUUGAACCAUAAUUCCAUCAAAUCUGCUACCCUUUCACUUGAGUUGAAUGUCACACAAAGGGACUUCAUCAGUGGUAAAAAGAAUGGGAAAAUUUUAAAAGUUCUCAAUCAAUUAGACUACACUAAUCAAUCAAUUGUCAACUUCGAACCAUUGAAUGAGUACAAUUUUUUGAUAAACUUAGUCGUCAAUAGAGGAGAGGCAGAGCUUUCAAACGGAAGUGCUAGUCCAGUUUUAUCGCUCCUCUUAAGAGGAAUAAACUUGAUAAAGCUAGAACUCCCUGCUGAACUUACAUUCAAUAUCCCUGAAGUAUUUCACAAAUCGAUUAUUGGAAAUGGUGGGGCAAUUAUUCAAUCCAUCAUGAAGAAGUAUAACGUUUUCAUCAAAUUUAGUAGUAAGAACGAUAAAUUUUCGAAGGAAGGCGAGAAGGUACCAAACCACAUGCAGUAUUCGCUUAAGAGGAACCAUAAUGUACUUAUUAAGUGUCCUAACAAGAAUGCCAAAAACAUUGGAUUAGUCAAAUAUGAAAUAGAUGAAUUGGUUUAUCAGUGUUGCGCCAAGAACAUUAUAUCUUAUCCUAACUCAACAACCUAUUUAACUACUCAUUUCAAGAUCUUGAAACACCAGUACAGUAUGUUACUUAAUGCAGGAAUCAAAAAUGAUUGCAAAAAGAGUUUGGCAUCAAUUUUAGAAAUUGAACAGUCGACCAAUACAUUCAUAGAUUUUCCAAAAUCUCUUAAUGAUUUUGGAGAGAAUGAGGAAUUAACUUUCAAGAUCAAGGGUGCCGAUAUCAAAUCCAAGCAAGCAGCUGUCAAAAUUGCAGAACUUUUACCAAAAUGUUAUAGAUUGAAAAUCUCACAACUGCCCGGGAAAUUCGCUGAUUUGAUUUUAAAUCUGGCUACCAAUAGUGACUUCGUGAACAAUAUCGUUUACCCAUUUCAGUUGAUGUUAGGGUGUGAGAUUAGUCUGUUUUUGGAAGGAUCUAGUAGAAUUGAGCAACCAGCCUAUCAUCUGAUGUUAAUUCACUACUGGGAUGAAAAUAAUGGUCAAGUAAGCGAAGGAGAAGAACAGGAAGAAAAACUGCAAAAAACGAAGAUCGAUCGUGCUGUUUCGGAGUUGAAAAGCUACUUGAGACUGAAGAAUUUCCUUAUCUUAGACAAGGAAAACUACGAAUACGAUGGAAUUGUGGAUACCCCAGACUACCAGCCUUCUCAAUACGUGAGUCCUAUAAAGAAACUUAAGUUGAUUACAAACACACACUUAGAAAAUAGCAAGGCAAAUCAAUCGAAGAAUCACAAUCAAAAGAAGAAAUAUAGGAAAAACAUGUCCAAGACUACAAACAACAGCCAGGCUGUAGCCAAGUAG